UAAUCCAUCAAAAAAAUUCUCCAAAAAAAACUCGGCAUGUGAAUUUCGAAACUAGGAAUGUCAUAUGACAGUUCUCUGGAAGAAUUCCAGCGGAAUUCCUCAGAAUUUUACCACGCAUUCUCCGCCUUUUAAUAUCCUAAUCAAGGACAUUAAUUUGUAAGGAUAUUACUUCAAAGUUAGCUCUAUAGAUAGAAGGAUUCUUACUUUGAAUCAUCGAUUUUUCUUUUUUUCCUCGAUUUUCUUCAAAUCUCCAUUGCUCUUGAUUAAAAAAAAUAAGCGCAAGCCGGAAUGCUUUUGAGAACAAACUUAGCAAAUUACAAUUCAAACGGAUCGUGGACAGUUGGAUCUAAUUCCAAAUCAUGUGGCCCCACGGGGGAGCAGGUAGUCCAAUUUGCCAAGUCGAUUGUGUGCAGUUCUCUCAAAGGAAAAUACGAUAAGAAAAUAUUCUACGAUCUCGAUGAAUCAGAAGAUGUGCAAAAUCCACCCACCUGGACAGAUCCCAUUAUUUCCACAUGCUUCUCUCCGAGAAAAUUUGGUACACUCUGGGAUAGAGCACCAUCCGCUUUCGAAGAAAUCUCAUCAAAGGACGAAAAUUUUAUUCCUGUUCAGGACUUUUUUGUAAUUGAACUGGAUAAUUGUGUUAUUCCCAGGCAAAUAACAAUUGAUCAAGUCGUUAGCCCGGGAGCAGUAACCAAAAUAUGGCUAUACAACAUUGCUGAACUAUGCUGGCAUUUAAUUUGGAGCAAACGGCCCACGGGAGACAUAAAGAAAUCCCGACUUUUGUGCGUUAAUCUCAAAGAUCAAAUUGCCUUUGGUACAAAAUUCCUACGUGUUGAAAUGAAUCAAUCUAAGCUGAAGAAUCACACACAAAUUGGAAUGAUUGAGGUAUAUGGAGAGAAAUUCGUACUCGGUUGCAGCCUCAAGGCUGUCAGCAUGAAACUUGAUCACAGGAAACAGUCCACAUUGAAAGCCUUGCGAAAGGAAUAUGAAAGAUUUAAUAAGAAAACCGUCCCAACUGAAGACUACGAUGGACUCGAUGCCGCCCUAAAGCUAACUAAUCCUGAAAGAUUUGUCUUCCACGACUUACAGGAGCAACAAGGGAAUACUACAUUGAAUUUGCUAGACUUUCCAUAUGAAUUACAGACGAAAAUAUUCUCCUAUGUGGAUGUAAAGACGCUCUUUGUGCUAUCUUGUGUCAGCAAAAGAAUGUACAAUUUGGUAACUGAUCCCAUCAUUUACAGAGAGAUUAAUUUAAAGAUGUACUGGCACAUGGUGAAUGAUGAAUUCCUGCUGAAGCUAUCCAGGAGAGCUACAAAAAUACGCAAAUUAGAUAUUUCUUGGUGUGGAUGGCACAAUUCAGUCUCACCGUCCGUCUUUAUGUACUUUGUACGACGAUGCUGCCAAAAGGUUACACAUCUUCAGAUAAAUUCUUGUGUCUUUUUCACAAUUGAGUGCUUUCACGUGGUAGCAAAUGUUUGUGAAGAAUUGCGUGAACUCUCUCUCCAUGGCUAUGGAAAGACAUUCAGCAAGGAGAAGAAUAUUUCAUUCUCAGCUGUAAAGCAUCUGCAAAAGAUAGAUUUCUAUCGAACACAAAUUCAUGAGAGUGUUCUUGAUAGAAUUUUCAAUGGGAGUGGUAACAGCCUUCGACAUCUUGGUCUUGCUGGUGGUUUUGUCUACAACCUGGAUCGCAUUUGCCGCCAAAUUGGAAAAUAUAACCAGGACAUUGUUUCGAUUGACUUCUAUCAGUCACGCUACCUCUCACACAUUGGAUUGAUUGCACUGUCGCAUUGCCAUAAACUCCAAGAGGUUGAUUUUGGCUGGUCAAUUGACUACAUGAACUACGACAAAUGCUUACCAACUGCAUACUUCCGUGAAGUAUGGGAUACGUUCUUUAGGAGUAAUUGCAAUCUCCGAAAAAUAUUCCUAGCUGGAACACCAAAAUUCGAUGAAGACAUCGUGGAGAGCAUGAUGAAGCACUGUCCUAGCCUAGAACAGAUUGACCUCAAAAACAUUCAGGGUUUCUCUUCUGAUCUCUUUCCAAAACUCCGAGCCAAUUUCACUUAUUUGCAAUAUUUCUCCAUAAGUAUUUGUGAUCCAACACUCAGCACACCUCCUGACAAUACUGAAACCCCCAUCAAUGGUCAUCAUCCACAGCGUUACAAUAAUCUCCCUAGUAAUUACAUCACUGUUGCCAGGCAUUUUAAGCCAAAGACGUUGUAAAAUUUGUUAAAAGUACAAACAAUAAGGUACCUAAAGCCUGCACUUUGUUACGCUUAUGAGUUUAUGAAAACAUAUUGCUUUUAUUGAAUAUCCUCAAUGUAUGUAUAAAAAAUAAAAUUGUGUUCAAUUGUU